AUGGAAGCACAAGAAUACAUGAUUAUGUAUUUAACACAAGCUCGGCUGGAGUACCAGGUACAUGAAGAGAUCAUACUAGGGCCAUGGCUAUCCUUAAUUACGGUGGAGGAUUUGUUUAUGAUGCAUUUAUUUAGUUUGGGAUGGGACAAGACCAUAGUAUCUUAUGGAGAAGUGGCAUUUGGAGUAUUUUGGGUCAAGUGGAAUUUGACAGUCAGUAAAGUUGUUUUGUUGAAAACCAUGGGGACUGAAAAUCCUGGCCGUCCAACUAGUUCACCUUUUGCUGCUGCUCCCCCUACAAUGACACCAUUUUCAGCAUCUGGCCCGAUGGUGGGAUCAGAGGCCUCAGGGUUUAGACCCCCUGCUCAACCUCCCCAAAACACCAUGCCCUCUAUAUCAUCUGGGCCCGUAGUUGGACCACGGGUCUCUGGGUUCAGGCCUUACAAUCCCCCAGCUAGAUUUAGUGAUCCUUCUGUGACUUCUCCACCAACUGCAUAUAUCCCACCCACCGGUGGAACCUCCUUCCAGCGUUAUCCAGCACCACAAUUUCCCUCUGCGCAUCAAGCUCCACCUACUGGAGCACCACCCAUUGGUCAACCGCCAUUUCAGGCUCCUGCAGGUCAAGCAUCACCUCCAGCUUCAUUUCGUACACAGCCACCAGUACCUUUAGUGCCAAUGGGAUCUCCACCAUCAAGUGUAAAUGCUCCUCAAUUCUCAUCAGAUUCAUUGCCUUUUGCUCCCAGGAUGAAUUUUCAGCCACCUUUCCCUCCUAUGGAUUCGUCUUAUUCCACUGCCAGGGCCCCUUUGCAGCCACCCUUGCCAGGAUAUGUAAAGCAGGCAAAUGCAGUUUCACAAGCUCCUCCAGUGACCCCCUUUCAAGCUCAACAAGGAGGCUCUGCACCUCCUAUAGGUGGCAUCCAAGGGUUGGCAGAAGAUUUCAGCUCACUCUCUCUUGGAUCUGUUCCUGGAUCAAUUGAUUCAGGGCUUAAUCCAAAAGCAUUGCCAAGGCCUUUGGAAGGGGAUAUGGAGCCAAAUUCAUUGGGAGAUGCAUACUCCAUGAAUUGCAACCCUAGAUAUCUUCGGCUUACCACUUCUGCUAUGCCAGGUUCUCAAUCUUUGCUUUCAAGGUGGCAUUUUCCUCUUGGAGCAGUUGUUUGCCCUCUUGCAGAAGCUCCUGACGGGGAGGAGGUACCAGUAAUUAAUUUUGUCUCAACUGGCAUUAUACGUUGCAGAAGAUGUCGCACAUAUGUAAAUCCCUAUGUGACAUUUACAGAUUCUGGAAGAAAAUGGCGUUGCAACAUCUGUGCUCUGCUUAAUGACGUUCCUGGAGACUAUUUUGCUCAGCUAGAUGCAACUGGCAGAAGAAUUGAUUUGGACCAGAGACCUGAGCUUACAAAGGGUAGUGUGGAGUUUGUUGCUCCAACCGAGUAUAUGGUGCGGCCUCCAAUGCCACCUCUAUAUUUCUUUCUCAUUGACGUUUCAGUAUCUGCAGUUAGAAGUGGAAUGUGGUCAUACACUAUUGCAAGUGGUUUAGUGCAUGCUCUUCUUGAUAUGAAUGAUAAAGUCUUGGGUAAGGUUGUGGCCCAAACUAUUAAGUCCUGUUUGGAUGAGUUACCAGGCUUUCCCAGAACUCAGGUUGGGUUUAUCACCUUUGACAGCACAAUACAUUUUUACAACAUGAAGUCAUCAUUGACACAACCUCAGAUGAUGGUGGUCUCGGAUCUGGAUGACAUAUUUGUUCCCUUGCCUGAUGAUCUCCUUGUUAACUUGUCCGAGUCAAGAUCUGUGGUGGAAGCUUUUCUUGAUAGCUUACCCUCCAUGUUUCAGGACAAUGUGAAUGUGGAAUCUGCUCUUGGCCCUGCAGUGAAAGCAGCUUUCAUGGUUAUGAGCCAACUUGGUGGGAAGUUGCUGAUAUUUCAGAACACAAUGCCAUCUCUUGGUAUUGGCCGUUUGAAGUUGCGUGGAGAUGAUCUUCGUGUUUAUGGAACUGAUAAAGAGCAUGCCUUAAGAAUUCCAGAAGAUCCAUUCUAUAAAAACAUGGCUGCUGAAUGCACCAAGUACCAGAUAGGAGUUAAUGUGUAUGCCUUCAGUGAGAAAUACACUGAUAUAGCCUCCUUAGGAGCUCUAGCAAAAUACUCCGGAGGGCAGAUAUAUUACUAUCCAAGUUUCCAAUCGGCCACUCAUGGAGAGAAGUUGAGGCAUGAGUUGGCUAGAGAUCUUACAAGAGAAACUGCUUGGGAAGCUGUCAUGCGCAUAAGAUGUGGAAAAGGCAUUCGGUUUACAUCUUACCAUGGAAACUUCAUGCUAAGAUCCACAGAUUUAUUAGCGCUUCCAGCUGUUGAUUGUGACAAAGCAUAUGGGGCACAGUUAUCACUUGAGGAAACAUUACUUACAAGUCAGACAGUAUAUUUCCAAGUUGCUUUGCUGUUUACGGAAGUUCUCUUAACUGUCAAAAGAUACACUGCUUCUUGUGGAGAGAGGCGUAUCAGAGUGCACACAGCAGCAGUGCCUGUGGUUGCAGAUUUGGGGGAGAUGUACCGUCAGGCCGAUACUGGUGCUAUUGUGUCUUUGUUUGCUAGGCUAGCAAUCGAGAAAUCAUUGUCCCACAAGCUGGAAGAUGCACGGAGCUCUGUACAGUUGAGGAUUGUGAAAGCUCUCAGAGAAUACCGAAAUCUCUAUGCUGUGCAACAUCGCUUGGGAGGAAGGAUGAUAUAUCCAGAACCUCUGAAGUUUUUGCCUUUGUAUGGAUUAGCACUUUGUAAAUCAGCAGCUCUCCGAGGAGGGUAUGCUGAUGUUCAGCUUGAUGAUCGCUGUGCAGCAGGAUUCACUAUGAUGGCGUUACCCGUAAACAAAAUGCUGAAGCUUUUAUACCCUAGCUUGAUUCGAGUAGAUGAAUAUCUUUUGAAGCCAUCUGCACAAGCCGAUGAAUUCAAAAACAUCAUGAAACGGUUACCAUUGACCGCUGAGAGCUUAGACGCCAGAGGCCUUUAUGUAUAUGACGAUGGUUUUCGCUUUGUUGUAUGGUUUGGUAGAAUGCUUUCACCUGAUGUAGCAAUGAAUUUACUAGGACAAGAUGCUGCUGUUGAGCUUUCGAAGGUUACUCUUGGUAAGCAUGAUACGGAGAUGUCAAGAAAGCUAAUGGGGUUACUAAAGAAAUUAAGAGAGAGUGAUCGUUCAUAUUAUCAGCUGUGCAAUCUUGUAAGACAAGGUGAACAGCCCAGAGAAGGUUACUUCCUUCUCACCAAUCUUGUGGAGGACCAGAUUGCGGGUACCAGUGGUUAUAGUGAGUGGAUGGUGCAAUUACAUCGGCAAGUCCAGCAAAGUGCAUAA